AUGGAACCGGUUUUUGUUUAUGGAACACUGAAACAAAAUCAGCCUAAUAAUUACCAUCUCAAUGACACUAAAAAUGGCUGUGCAGUGUUUAGAUCAGUCGCUGUCACGGUCAAUAAAUAUCCCUUAGUAAUUUCCACUAGAUUUAAUAUACCAUUUUUGUUACAAAAUGAAGGCACUGGGAAUGAAAUUAAAGGUGAAAUAUAUGACGUUGAUACAAAAAUGUUGGAAUAUUUGGACGAUUUUGAAAAUCAUCCAAAUUUUUAUGAACGACAAAAGACUCAAGUCAAAUUACCAAAUGCAGAUAUUAUGAAUUGUUGGAUAUAUUUUUUACCAAACUAUCCAGAUAGUUAUUUGGAGUUACAACGCUUUGACAAUUAUGACUCUUGUGGUGAACAUGGACUUCCAUAUGUCACAAGGUAUCAAAGAGAUCCAGAUGACAAAUUAUCAUUUCCCAAUUGGAAACCAUCUAGUUAA